CACAUGUUCGGGUCAAGGUUCCAAGGGCAGAAGCCCCUCGCUUUCGUGGAAGAAAGGAUUGCCCCACGCAAAAUGUCUUCGCUGCAUGUGAUUUCGACAUGAAAUUCACAUACGUUCUAGCAGGGUGGGAAGGAACAGCUUCAGACUCUAGAAUUUUAAAGGAUGCCUUGAGUAGGGAAGACCCUUUAAUAAUACCAGAAGGAAAAUUUUAUCUUGGGGAUGCGGGAUUUAUGCUUAAACCUGGGAUACUUACACCAUAUAGAGGUGUUCGUUAUCACUUGAAGGAGUAUUCAACUCGAGGCCCCCAAAAUCCUAGAGAGUUGUUCAACCUACGCCACUCUUCACUCAGAAAUGUCAUAGAGAGAACUUUUGGUGUAUUAAAAAAAAGAUUUCCCAUCAUAUCCAGCGGAACAGAACCACAUUAUUCGUUUGAAGUAAUGAGGAACAUAGUAGUUGCUUGUUGUAUACUGCAUAAUUUUUUAAUGGGUGUGGACAUUGAUGAAGCCUUAAUGGCUGAAGUUGACCGUGAAUUGCUUCAACGUGACAUAGAUAGAUCCCAGGCUCAACGUGAUGAGGAGUACAGACAAGGCCAACUUCUAAGGGAUAAUAUUGCAAAUGAAAUGUGGAAUGUUUAUCAAGUUUAGUGUUGUUGUCUCAUGGUUCCUAGGUUGAAAGAUGUCAAAGAGUAAAGGUCAAGCUGGGGAACCUACUCAAGUCCGUGUUGUGAUCUUGAGGUGGACUGAAGACAUGGACCAAAUAUUACUGGAUGCCUUUUGUGAGGAGGUUACCAAGGGAAAUAGGCCGGAUGGUGCAUGGACAACGCAAGGCUAUGCUAAUGUACUUGAGGCAUUAAGGGCUGGCGUUUCACCAACCAUGACAAAGCAAAAUAUUAAAAAUAGAAUGAAAACCAUGAAGGAUAACUUCACUGAGGCUUAUGAUUUAUUCAAAGGUCUUAGUGGCUUUGCAUGGAGUCCAAUGACUAAGAGGUUUGAGGCUGAGGAUCAUGUAUGGGAGGAAUUAAUUCAGGAAAAACCUCAUGCUAUUAAAUGGAAACGAUCGCAAGUCAAGCACUAUGAUACAUUGAAAGAGCAUUUUGGUGCUGAUCGAGCAACGGGAAAAAAAGCCUUAAGUGCUGGCCAAAUAUUGCGUGAAAUGGAGAAGGAUACUGUGGACUUAAAUGAUGCUGGCGAUGACACUUCUAUGCCGGAACCAAAUGCUGGUGUCUUUGAGGGGGGGAAAUUCUCCCCUCCUAAUGUUGACUCUUUUAGCCCAGCCCAAGCACCCUCCCAUCAAUCUACAGGUACAUCUGGUUCACGAGGAACAAAGCGUAAGACACCGAUGAUUGAUUCCUUUGAUUCUCAAGUGGAGAAAAUGACUAGUGCUCUUGGAUUGAUGUCUGAUGCAUUGAUUAGUUGUAAUUGUAUUUCUAGUAAGCUGCAUGAUUUGGCUGAAAGGCAGGUGGGAGUCGCAGAAUGUCAAGUUGUAGCAAUUGAAGAGCGCAAUGAAAUUUACAAAGACCAGUUGACCGUCUUUAAACAUAGUAAACCACUUAUAUAUACUGAAUCAGAUGUGUGGAACAUGUUGACUGAACUGAAUGUAAUUGACCACCUCCGCAUGCAGUGCUAUGAAUUUUUAUGCACUAAUGAUCAAAAGAAGCGCCUGCUUUUUGGUGUACCAGCUCACAUGCGCUUGCAGACUCUGUUUCAAAUGAUGAAUGUCGGUGGGCUGCAGUGACAGUUCAUGUUCAGCCUAUGUUUUUUUGCUAGUGUGCAUUAUGUACUUUUUGGGGUGUUUGUACUGAAGACAUCUUCUAGUGCCUUUAGCUAUUUUGUGUUACUAAUUUGUAAUAUAUUAUGGAAAGAAGUAGGAAGCUAGGGAAGGGUUUUUUGAUG